AUGUGCUCCGGCACCGAGUCGCCCAUCCUCGCGCUCAAGAUGAUGCUGCGCUCGCUCGAGGCGCAGAAGGGCAUCAAGGCGUCGGUCGAGCACGUCUUUUCAGCCGAGAUCGAGCCGUUCAAGCAGGCCUACAUCGAGCGCAACUUCCACCCGCCGCUCCUGUUCCGCGACGUCCAAGAGCUGCCCAACGACAAGGCGCGCACCGCGUACGGCGCCUUCGCAAAGGUCCCGCAGCACGCCGACAUGCUCAUCGCCGGAACGUCGUGCGUCGACUUUUCGACCCUCAACAAGCUGCGCAAGGGCCUCGAGGACGAUGGAGAGUCCGGUCGCACCUUCUUUGGCAUGUUCCGCUGGGUCGAGAAGGCUCGCCCCAAGGUCGUCAUCCUCGAGAACGUGCUCAGCGCCGAGUGGAACGAGAUGGUCAAGAACUUCAACUCGAUCGAGUACACGGCCACGUUCGCCCGCCUCGACACCAAGAAGUACUACGUCCCACACACGCGCACCCGUGGAUACCUCGUCGCGUUCCCGCAGGCCAAGAAGAAGGGCGACCUCGGCUCGGUGCUGUCGAGCGGCCGCAUGACCGAGCGGUGGGCGUCAAAGCUCCAGGGCCUCGCACGUCCGGCCUCGUCGCCCGCCGAGGCGUUCCUGCUCGACAGCGACGACGUGCGCGUGCACCGGGCUCGCACCGAGCUAUCGCAGCGCCGCGCGACCGCCCUCCUCGGCAAGCAGCGCGACGCGACCGACUGGGCGAGGUGUCAGCAGCGCCACUCGAUCGCGCGCUCGCUCGAGAAGCUCGGCCCGCAGAAGCCGCUCACGGGCUGGUCGGCGCAGGGCGGCAAGCCGACUAUGCCCGACGGCGCGUGGCAGGACUGGGCCGAGGCGCAGACGGAGCGCGUCCUCGACCUGAUGGACAUCUCGUUCCUGCGGCAGGCCCGCAUGGGCGUCGACAUCAUGUACAAGUCGGCCAUCUGGAACCUGUCGCAGAACGUCGACCGCACCACGUCGUCGAAGCUGUUCGGCAUCACGCCGUGCCUCACGCCCAACAUGAUCGCCUACCUCACCAACCGCGGCGGGCCUGUCGUCGGCAUCGAGGCGCUCGCCCUACAGGGUCUCCCGAUCGACGAGCUCCUCCUCACGCGCGAGUCGACCGACCAACUCGCCGACCUCGCCGGCAACGCCAUGAGCUCGACCGUCGUCGGGACCGCCAUCAUCUCGGCCCUCCUCGUCGCCGCCAACACGUUCGACGACAAGGCCGUCGUCGAGGAGGCGCUCCAAGGCGCCGACGACGAGGACGUCGACAUGGCCGGCGUCGCGCCGGCCGGCUCGCGGUCGGCGGGCGCGACGAGCGAGGACCUCGAGGCGCGCCUUCGCGGCGCCGACCGCCUCACCGAGUACCCUGUCGACCUCGCCUCGUCGCAGCCGGCCCCGUCGGACCUCCUCGACCGCGCCCACCGCUCGGCCCGCCAGUGCCCGUGCGAGGGCCCCCUCGACGUCUCGCAGCACGCCAUCUCGACGUGCGCCGGCUGCGGCCACUCGGCGUGCGCGCCGCACCAGGGCAAGCCCAAGCAUCGCUACGAGCCCUCGACGGCGAUGCGCGAGCCGCCCGUCCAGUUCGAGCGCGACCUCAAGACGCUCCUGCCGAUGCGGGUCACGGUCCCGGGCUUUGGUCGCGACGAGAUCGGGCUCGUCCUCGAGCGCGCGCUCGACAAGGGCGGCAACGUCGAGCACCAGCUCGUCGACAAGUACCUCGACACGAUCGCCGACGCGCUCGCCGACGCCGAGUUCCACUUUGAGCACGUCUCGCGCCGGUCGCACUGGACGGCCAUCUACGGCUCGGACAAGGCGCGCCUCGAGCUCUUCUUCGCCGCGACGGGCAUGGAGUGGCGCGUGUUUGUCGACCCGCCGCGCGACCUCGGCACGCUCGACCCGUUGCGCGCCGCGUUUGAGCAGCCCAUCGCUCGCGCCAAGGUCGCCGAGGGUGCGAGCGACCUCCUCGCCGGCGAGUGGGACCUGUCGAUCCCGCUGUCGCGCCUCAAGACGCACCUCGACAUGGAGUACGGCGACAUGGUCGACUCGUGGCGUGCGCGCCUCGGGCUCGAGGAGUACAAGGACGAGAAGCGGCCGGCCACGAUCAAGAUGGCGUUCAAGGGCGACGCGACGCUGCUCGACCGCCAGAUCGACGGCCUGUACCAGCUCGAGGCCGAGUGCGGCACGGCGACCAACGCCCUGUACCGCCGCGUCGAGCCCGCCGCGGCGACGCCGCUCUUCUUCUUCUUCGACCCGUCGCCGUACCUCGAGGCCGUGCACGACCGCUUCGUGUUCGCCGAGACGUGCGCCCGCACGAGCACGAUGCGCCCGCUCAUCGCGUCGCUCGAGCCGAGCUGGCGCCUCAACGGCACGGUCGAGGGCGGCGACACGGCCAACCGCGUCUACAAGCCCAAGGACUCGCCUCGGCGCCCCGAGAUCUUCGUCACGCACUGCUGGGAGCCUCUGCCUGGCGGCAAGCUCGUCGCAGGCGCGAGCGACGUCAACGAGGCGAGCAAGUUCUCGACCAUCGGCGCCGGGUUCGAGGUGUCGGUCGGCGACGACAAGUGCGCGCAGGCCGAGACGCUCCUCGUCGCGCACGUGCCGCUCGCCAAGUCGCCGAGCUCGAUCUGGGCCAAGGAGGCCUGGCACGACGUCGACCUGCAGCACGAGGGCGCCGAGGUCUUCACCAAGCUCGGCUGGAUGCUCGCCCGCAUCCCCGAGUGGGACACGUUGUACGACUGGCAGACCGUCGACGCCGAGAGCCUGCCGACGCACGCGUGCUUCCGCUGCGCGCCCGACGUGCCCGAGAUCGAGUGGGUGCGCCGGUGGAAGCUCGGCACGGGCAAGAAGAACCCGUGGACCGUCAACAUCACGGCGCGCGAGGACGGCCUGCAGGCUGCCGCCUACGAAACGUCGCUCAAGAACCGCCCUGCGCCCAUCAUCGUCCACACGCGCCAGGUCGGCAACGACUUCCAGUUCAAGGUCGCGCUGAACGCGGCGAGCCUGUCGCACCGCGUCCUCGCCCAGCUCCCGCCGGUGCGCUCGAGCCUCGCCGAGGUCGGCAAACCUGUCCUGUCGUGGCGCCUCCUCACCGAGGCGAGCGCCGACCUCGGCCCGGCCCCGAGCGUCAAGUUCUCGCUCCGGUCGAACCGCCGCGACCCCGAGGCCGCCAACCCCAAGCUCUUCAAGAAGCACGCGCUGCGGCCCGAGCAGCUGCGCUCGCUGCACUGGAUGAUCGAGCAGGAGGCGUCGCCCGAGCCGUGGGUCGAGGAGGAGGUCGCCGAGGCGCUCCUGCCACAGCUCGGGUGGCAGGCCGAGGCCAAGGCGACGCGCGAGGUCGUCAUCCGCGGCGGCGUGCUCGCCGACGCCGUCGGGUACGGCAAGACGUGCAUCACGCUCGCCCUCAUCGCGGCGCGCCGCAAGCACGACGCCGUCCUUCCCAAGUCGACCGACCGCGUCCCGCUCAAGGCGACCCUCGUCGUCGUCCCCAAGCACCUGUUCGGCCAGUGGGGCACCGAGGUUGACAAGUUCGCCGGCUCGGGCCUCAAGUGCAUCGCCAUCAGCGACGUCGCCAAGCUCAAGCAGUACUCGGUCGCCGACUUCCAGGACGCCGACGUCGUCAUCAUCGCGCAGAGCAUCCUCAGCUCGCCGCGCUUCUGGCCCUACACGGCUGACUUUGCCGCGUCGCGCGUCGACAUCAAGACGGACGACAAGGCCGGUCGCUACUUCCGCCACUGCGUCGCCGAGACGAUGGUCGCGCUCGGCGACCAGGUCAAGCGUCUCGUCGGCGAGGGCGCCAAGGCGGCGUACGAGGCGAUCCAGUCGGCGCGCAAGAACCGCCGCAGCGUCAGCGCCGACGAGGAGUACAUCCCGCUCACGCGCAAGAUGAAGAACAAGCAGAGCAAGGUCGUCGACCCCAACUUCAAGGCGCCGCCAAAACCCGACGUCGGCCGCCAGGGCAAGGAGCAGAUCGAGGCCGACCCGUGGGGCCUGCGGGACCACUCGGUGCGCCAAGACUGGACCAAGCUGCAGGGCCCGCCGCUCGCCAUGUUCCUGUGGGCGCGAGUCGUCCUCGACGAGUUCUCGUACAUCGACGGCGCCGACCUCGUCGGGUUCCACACGUGCCAGGGGCGCUCGCGCUGGAUCUUGUCGGGCACGCCGCCGCUGUCCGAUUUCUCGCAGGUCAAGUCGAUCGCCAACCUCCUGCACGUCCACCUCGGCAUCAACGACGACUCGGAAGGCGUCGCCGACGCCGUCAAGACGCGCAACAGCGAGGCGACCAUGGCCGAGAAGUUCCGCUCGUACUGCGACGUCCGCACGAGGGCGUGGCACGUCCGCCGAGACCAAGUCGCGCAGCGCUUCCUCGACCAGUACGCUCGCCAGAACGUCGCCGAGAUCGACGACAUCCCGCUCGAGGUCGAGCUCAUCGGCGUUCGCCUCCCGGGCGCCGAGAUGGCCAUCUACCGCGAGCUCGAGCACCACCUGACGGCCGUCGACCCGUCGCUCGCCAAGAUCGCCAAGGUCAAGGUCGACAAGCAGUCGGACCGCGACAAGCGCCUACGCGAGGCGCUCGGCCAGAGCAAGACGCCGGACGAGGCGCUCCUCAAGCGCUGCUCCCACUUCUCGCUCGACCUCGACGAGGACGAGAUCGCCGGCGGCGAGGCGCCCGACGUGUGCGACUUUAUCCACGACCUGCGCGAGCGUCAGCUCAAGGACUGCAAGAAGCAGGUCAAGCGUCACCUCGUCGCGACGGCGUGGCUGCACCGAGCCGUCGAGAAGAAGGGCCUGUACGACCAGGUUCCCGGCGCCAAGAAGAACUUCAAGAUCUGGGUCGAGCGCCUGUUCGGCGAGGGCUUCGGCGACGCGGCGGCCAACGCGUGCCUCAAGGAGCUCGCUGUCGCAGCCGGCGUCGAGGACGGCAAGAUCGGCGACAGCGGCAAGGCCGAGCCGGUCGCCAAGGACAUCGACGACUUCCACGAGCGUCCCGACAAGUACAGCGACCAGGAGUUCACCGCGCACCGCGUCAACCUCGUCCGCAUCGCCGGCGUCACGCUCAACAAGCUCACGACCGAGCUCGUCGGCCGGUACCGCUCGGCGCGCUACUUCGACAAGGUGCGCAACGUGCUGCGCAAGGGCGACGACGUCGUGACCGAGGACGCCAUCCUGUCGUGCUGCGGCCACGACGGCAAGCUCGCCGCCGUCGAGGAGGCCGUCGCUCGCGGUCGGUGCGUCGAGCCGUCGUGCGGCGCCGAGGUCGAGCGCCACAACCUCCUCACGGCCGAGUCGCUCGGGACCGACCGCGACUCGGGCCACUUUGGGUACAAGCUCGAGACGCUCGUGACCGUCAUCGAGCAGACGCCCGAGGACGACCGCGUCAUCGUCUUUGUCCAGUUCGACGACCUGUUCGACAAGGUGCACGAGACGCUCACCGUGUACGGCAUCCCGACGGCCGUCGUCAAGGGCACGGCCAACCAGCAGUCGUCGGCCAUCACCGCGUUCCAGUCGGCGACCAAGGCCAAGAACCAGAAGGUGCUCCUCCUCCUCGCGACCGACUCGUCCUCGUCCGGCGCCAACCUCACGUCCGCCAACUGGGCCAUCUUCGUCUCGCCGCUCUUUACCGACUCGAAGGAGCAGUACAAGGCGCUCUCGACGCAGGCGAUCGGGCGCAUCCACCGCUACGGCCAGCUCAAGACGGCGCACGUCGUGCACCUCCUCACGCACGCGACCAAGGACAUCGAGGUGUUCGAGGAACGCAACGACCUCGUCGUCGACGCCGUCGUCGAGACACAACAGACGCAGCGCGGCGAGAUCGUCAACCCGCCGCGCACGAAGAAGCACCAGUUCGCCAAGAAGGUCAAGGCGGCGGCGGCCAAGGCCAAGGUCAAGGCCAAGGUCAAGUCGGACUCGGACUCGGACGUCGUUGGCGAGAAGAAGCCCGUCAAGAAGGUCGCGUCCGCCGUCGAGCCCAAGGUCUCGCCCGCAAGGCCCAAGAGCAAGGGCAAGGGCAAGAUGGCCGUCGUCGAGCUCGCCUCUGACUCGGAUAUCGAGUUCGACUUGGGCGCCGAGUCGUCGUCGGCCGAGGAGGACGCGUCGGACGACGAGUCGGAGGCGGUCAGUACUGCCGACGAGGCGACCAAGAAGCGCAAGGUGCACGCCAAGGACGAGGACGACUUUGAGCUGUCCGACCUCGACGUCGCCGUCUCGUCCUCGAAGCGCGUCAACGCUCGGCCCCGUCGCUCGGCCGCGCCCACUAUCAUCGCCAUCGACGACUCGGAGGACGACGAGAGCGAGGCCGAGCCUGCGUCGCCAAAGUCGGCCCCCGCGACGAGCUCGAGCAAGCGCAAGCGCAUCGUCGUCGCCACCUCCGACGACGUCGACGACCGGGCACGGCAGCCGUCGUCCCAGGCGAAGCGCUCCAAGCCGUCUACCUCAACCACGAGCCGACCCGCCGCAAAGAAGCGCAAGAUCGACACGCCGUCCGGCGCCAUCGUCGUCGAGGUGCCGUCGCCCAAGAGGAGCCAGUCGACGCUCAACAGCUGGUUCAAGCGCAACGAGGUGGCCAAGCGGGCGCCGGCGCCCGCCGGCGGCCACCAGCCCGAGCCCGAGCCGGCGCCGUCCAAGGCGGCCGUCAAGGGCGAGCAGAACGGCGUCGAGGUCGACGAGGACAUCGACAUGCGCGACGAGACGCCGAGCCCGAGCAAGAAGUCCCCUCAAGCGACGAGCGCUGCAUCGCCCGUCGAGGAGCGCACUCGAGCCUCGACACCUCGAUCAGCCACGGUCGAGGAGCCUCGCCCGUCGCCCUUGCUCGGCGCCGAGAUCGUCGAGGCCGCCGAGGCCGAGGCCGAGGUCGCGGCCGCAGGCUCCGAGUCGGCCUCGAAGCAGUCGACGCCGACAGGCGAGGCCGCCUCGACCGCCGCGACGGACCAGGGCGACGAGCUCGACACGGCGUUGACGACGCCUGCGCUCGAGGUCGUGCAUGAGCUCGGCGUCGAGCAGGAGGGAGAUGUCGAGAUGAGGCGCAAAGAGGACGGAGCGGUGUCGCCUGAGCGGUCGGCGGGCGAGGUUUCCUGA